AAUUAGUGACCGAUGCAAGUCGUAGAAAAUUCGUUGCUGCCAUAAUUUUUGCGUAAGAUGUCCGCAUUCGAUUCUUUGCUGGACAUUGUUUGGCAGGUUGCUAGAAGUGAGGAAGACUUCCUGACAACGUUUGCAAGGUUACAAGGUGACAGGCAACGAGCAGAAAAGAUCCUUGCAUUACCUCAACUCCAAGACUUCUGUGUGACAGAUGACUUCUCUGGUAAAUGUGAAACACGAGCAGAGGCCUUGCGGCUUCUGGGAGAUAGGUGUUAUCUAGAGACCACAGCCUCGACCUCAGAAUCAGCCGACGUCAAGGCAGCGUUAGAGCUAUACACUUCAGCCAUCAAGUUAGCACCUCAUGGAAGUCGGAGCCUUGCUCACAGUUACUAUGGUCGCAGUCAAGUGCUUCUACGCUUAGGUUAUACAAGUCUAGCUCUGGAGGACGCAGAAAGGGCUCUCAGGUUGAAAUUACCUCAGCAAGAUGCCAUCAAACUACUGGUCCUUACCGCAGUCUUCCAUCAACAAACCCGUGCUUGGAUCCAGGCCGAAGAAUCACUCCAUGAAGCUUUGGACAAACUACGAAAUUCGGGGUUGGAAAAUAAUAUCAAGGCGACAAUGGCUGGAGAAAUUAUUUGUCAGCUUAAAACCAUCAACGAAAGUAAAGAAGAGGACAAAUCAAAGAGUAAACCAAGGAAAAAAGUUGGAACAAAGUCUCCUGAGGCUAGACCCAGGGUCUCCGAGGUGCCAGACCUGACAUAUGGGAAGAACGCUAACAUGCCUGCAGCAUCUGCAGCGCUCAGAUUGUGCCAGUCCCUGGAGAAGGGACGCUACAUGGAAGCCACCAGGGACAUCAAGAUGGGCAGUGUAUUGAUCGUGGAGGCACCUUACGCGUGGUCUCUCUCGCGCGAAGCUAUGGUUGAGCACUGCCUGCACUGUUGUCGUCUGGUACAAGCGCCCGUCCCCUGCACAGAGUGCACCACGGUUUCCUAUUGCUGCGAAGAAUGUCGAGAUAACAGCUGGCAACAUUACCAUCGCUUUGAGUGCCGUGUACUCAAUCAUUUGCUGAGCGCCAAGGAACUAAGCAAGAUGGCCUUACUGGUUUACCGCACCGCAGUAACAGCUUAUGGCGGGGUAGGUUCUACAAAGCCUGAAGACAACGUGGCAUCUGGUAAGGACACUAAAGUCACAAAGCAUUAUUCGGCCCAGCUGCUAGAUUCGACUUCUACAGAACAAGAAGCAUGUACGUUGUUGAACAGUAUCAAUACGACACAGCGAUUUCCGUUUCUGUCCAACGACUAUGCUUCAGUGUACGGUCAGGUGACGAAUUCUUCCUCGCGCACUCCAGCAGACAUCUUGAAAAGGACAACAACUGCGUUUUUUCUCAUGCGAUGUUACAGUCAUAUCGCGCCGAAUACGGUUAAUGAAGUAGAAAUGACUACAACGUUACUUCGACAUCUUCAGAGUUGUUCGUGUAACGCUUAUCAGAUCACAGAACAAAUUCUGACUGAUGGCAACGUACGCAGUGCGCAAGAGAUUGAACUUGGAGGAGCUGUGUACCCAACAAUCAGCCUCUGCAACCACAGUUGCAGUCCAAACGUGGUUCGUCAUUCUUAUGGGAAAACGUGCAUUGUGAGAGCAGUAAGGCCCAUCAAAAAGGGAGAAGAGAUUCUUGACAAUUACGGACCUCAUUUCUUAUCAAAUAAUUUAGAAGAAAGACAUAAAGACUUACAUACACAAUAUUUCUUCAAAUGCAACUGCAAAGCGUGUUCAGAGAAAUGGCCAACUGUGGACAAACUACAGUUUCAAGUUACUCAGUACAAAUGUAUUCAUUGUUCCGUGAAUAUUGGGUCUAAUUUAUCGAAACUGAAAAUAUGUUUUAACUGUAAGAAGAAAUGUGAUUAUGGUAAGAUAGCAAAAAGGCUUCAGAUUUUGUCCGGAGAAUAUAACAGAGCACUAGAAGACCUCCUGCAGGGGCGUUUACAUGAAUGUCUGAGGACCUGCAUAGAAUAUUGCGAUGCGAUGGACCGAGUGGUGAUUCAUCCUAAUAAACAGUUCGUGAACUGCCAGCAGGCCGUCACCCUCUGCUGGAGCUUGUUGGGUAACACCAGCACACAAAAAUAAAAUGACAGGAAAUUCGUUGCUUUGCAUCAUUUAACUUGUUAAAAGAUCUCAUUUUAAAGGAUUACAAGGUGUGUCUCUCCCCCGCUGCUUGUCAUCGUCACAUGCAGCUCGCUUAACUCACAAGAAAUGCAAUUCGGCUACCAAAGUAUAGAUACUUUCCAAACAAUAGGGACUAGCUGCAUCGGUCGGGCCCAACUGAGUAGGUUUACAUGAAGACGGAGAGAGAAUCCAGUCAACGAAAUGUUGUGUUUUGAAUAAAAACAGGAUCAUAAAUAACGACCAAAAACCAAUAAUUGCUCCUAUCCAAGUGAAUUUUAGUAUCCAAGAAUUUGGAACAAACAUGGUUAUGUCCGUUCCUAAUGUACGAGUAGUUAUGAUACGAAAAUGGCAAAGUUAAACCUCUGCUUAAUUAAGCACCAAACCAUGAAAACAUAAGGGGUGAAACAAAAACAUGUAUGUCGUGUGGUUCUUAACUUAUAAAUCUCAUGAAAAUGGUGAACAUGCAGAAAACCUCACGCCAAAUGGCUGAGGAAAACCAAAAAAUUGAAGAACUUCAAACAAUUACGUGUACCUAACAGCACGGUACUUGGAGGACGUUAUAAUCUGUGAAACAGUGGCACAAAGUGAUUCAGGCCUGUUUCUGAGCAGCAUAAAAUUAAGGCUAUUCUCUUUCUGAAACUUCUGAAUUUACAUCUAUCAGCCAGUGUGAAUUUAAACACUCUUCCACAAGAAAGGAUAUAAAUUGCUCCACUGUCA